AUGAACGAACAGUGGUCGUGUGCCGGUAUUUGUGUAGAACCGCAAUCUGAACAGCGGUCGCUUGGUACCAACCAACAAGCAACAGCAGAAACACUUAAUCUUUCUGGAACUGAUAGGACAACUCCGGCAGCGUCCAUUUCAACGGCAACAACCCCAACAAAUUUUCCUAAUUGUUCAUCGCCCUCCUCAUCGUCACAACCUGAUUGUGCCACUGGCGCUACAGGCCUUUCCAAUUCAUCAGCAGUUGACGGUCGUAUAUUGACUGCUUACCCUACAGUAUCAUUAAACAAAGUGGAAGAACAGAAGAGCAAUAGCUGCAGUUAUGAACCUUCAUCGAGUGUGCCAACGGACGAUAUCCUUUUGUCGUCCAGUUCAGGAAGGCUGACAGACGAAACUUAUCCGUCUACCAGUACAGCUGAAACUAAUAUUUUUGACGAAAAAACAACAUUACACGAUUGUCAGUUGUCUCGAAUUAUCCGUCGUCGGUGCAGAUUUUUGCUACCGUCUAAUAUUUCUCAUAAAUUAUUGCGGAUAGCAUUGAAACAACCAACUACAUUGAAACAUUUAAGCAUAACUUCAGUGAAAGUCGGUGAAUCAGAUCUGUUACCAGUGACUGUGAGUGAUGCAACGCUAAGCUUACUUUCAAUUCCAUAUUCCAGCACAGGUUCUGAAAUGAAUUCAUUGGCUGGUGUGCCAGUCGGUUCUAAUGCUGCUGAUCGAGCACAUGUUUAUGAUACUUACGAAAGUGAAAAUAGCCGACAUGAAUUGGCACCAUCAACUUCAUCUGGUCAUGCACCAGGUAAACGAAAAGCUGGCGUGAUUAAUAAUGAUAUAUAUCAGACAGCGAUCGGGAUGCACGGUUACACGGGAUCUGCUACUGGAAAACCCAGUGCAACUAUUGCAGUGGCUUCUGUAAAGCAGCAACAACCUCAGACUGCAUCUAAUACUAAUAGCCCAUUACUGGUCAAUUUAUUAAGAAGUUCAUCACCAGUUGCUAGCGCUAACAUGCAUAAUUUGCAACAUACACAUAUAUCGCGUCCUUCUGUUACUCCGGUAAUGCAGCACAUGUCAGCGCCUUCUCUACAAACUCAGGGAACUACUGGUUAUUCGUCAUAUCCAUACAUGGGGCAAAACGCAAUGAAUACAGCAGUGCAGCCUGGUCGAAUACGUCCUUCAACAACCCCAAUGGAAGCUUCUCAUUUAACUACCUCCACGCAUGCACGUUCUGAACAGCAGCAAAUGCGACCAACGCCUCAAGAGGUCAAUAUGGAAAGGCAUCAGCAAAUAGUUGCGCCACAACAGCAAAGCGCACCGGCUCAGCAAUUACCUCAGACAUAUUAUCCUCAAUACAACCAGAGACGUCCAAUGCUUGCUGGUUUCGCAGUCCGCGGACAAAUACCGCAACAGCAACCUGCUGUAUAUGCACAUCAGCAGGGACAAAUGAUGCCUCCUCAUUACAUCCAUGUGCAGCAGCAACCAAGACUUUCUGGACAGCCAAUGCCAGUUCAUUUCCACCAAACAGUUUCUUUAGAGCAGGAUGUUGGCGCUCCAGGAAGUCAAAUGUCUGUUACCGCUCCUCCUCCCAAAAAAAGGAAGCGACCAACUAAAAAGCAAUUGAAAGAAGCUGAAAUGGCGCAGCAAGCCGCGGCUGCUGCCGCUGCGCAACAGCAGUUCAUGAUGGAGCAGCAGAUGAAUAGCCGAGUGCCUUCUGCAAAUGCUCAUACGGUGGAUAGGCCUAAUGUCAUGUCACAGGUAAUGCAUAGUGGUCAGCCGAAUAUCGGAAUAACUUAUGCGCAACAUCCUCAGGGAUAUCCUCCACAAACACUUCACUCUCCUCCCGCUGUUUCUGCACAGACUGGGCCAAUGAUGCAGAAUCCAGCUUCGAACCCUUCUUUUUAUCAACAGCAAAACGUUUGGGUCCCACAGCAUCAGCAACAAAUUAUGCCACAACAACGGCCACAGAUGAUAUAUAGCGGUCAGAUACAGCAUCACUGGCAAAAUAAUCAGCCGCAUCACCCACGAAUGAUGUAUCCUCAAGCAGAUAACGUAUCCGAAAUGAGUGCUGGUUCAUCUGGCAGUGUCCAUACAUCUCCUAUGACUAGCCGGAAUGCCUCCAUUGAUUAUUCCCCAGCAUCACAAUCCAGCAGCACAAUGUCGCCGCUUUAUCAGCAACAACAACCAAAUAUGGUCUAUCAGCAGCCAUCGAAUCAGCAAACACCUCCAUCUGGUUUAACUUAUCCGCAGCCUUCACCAUCUCAGCAGCAAGUAGGUGGUAUUCCUGCACGAUCUCAACAACAGCAAGCAAUGCCAAUGCAAAUGCAAGAACCGCAACAACAGCAACCACCUCCAUUCUCUGCGGAACAUUGUCUAGACAUACAACCGAAGAGUUGUUUACCAGUAUUACAAGGUGGAGGCGAUUUCGAAAUGGAUGAUGAAUUGGGUGCUAAUAUUGAUGACUGUGGUGACUACAAUGAUUUGGAUUCCAUUGAACCAAUGACUGAGUCGAGCGAGUUUGGGGCCACGUUGAUGGCUUCCCAUCAACAGCAAAUGCAACAGCGGCCAGCAAAUACUCAGCAACAUAUACAACAUCAGCAGCACCAACAACAGCAGUACUAUGGUCGUAUAUUACCUCCUCAAAAUCGUUACGACAUUCAAUCGCCGAUGCAGCAACAAAAUGUUGAUUAUAUGCGACAAAUGUGUAAUGAAACACAAAUGCGGCAAUGUGGCUUUCCGGGUACGCUUAAUCUCUCUCAGCAACAGCAACAGUCACUUUCUCAGGGUUAUUCAUCUCCACAGCAGCAACAGCAGCCACAACAAGGGACAACCAAUUUAUUUAUGAGUCCACCACCACAACCAAAUUGUUCUCCAAGCCCUUAUACUCCUCGAUCAUCACCACAAAAAGAUGGCAACACCUUUACUACCCGACAGCAGCAGCAAUCGAGACAUAUUGCGACACACCAGCAGUAUGCAGCAUCAUCGUUAUCGCAACAGCAACAGCAAUCUAUUCGAACACCACUUAGUGCUCCACCACAAUUACAGUUGCAUCCAUCCUGUGGACGAAUUGAUGAUUUACGAUCAUCGCGAUCAGAUAGUGAAGCAACGUCGCGAGUGCCAGCUAUUGAUUCAAACGCCACAUCUAUUGAAUAUGAUAAAGAUCCUAUCAAUUCUACAAUAGAUGCAGUAGUUAUGCGAGCACUUUCGAAUCAAGAUAGCCUUUCCUCCACAACCAUUUCGAAUUAUUUUCGUGGGUCACGAAAUCGUUCAUCAGGAAAUACUCAGUCUUCGGCAGCUGAACAGACUGGGACUAAUGAUAGAAAAAUGAUGGGUAACAACAUCACUACUAAUGCGAGAUCGGUGAAUGUAACCAAACAACCAGGACAGUUCCAAAGCUCCCAACAAACUCAACAACUUUCAAAUAUUGACAACAAUGUGAUGGACGGUUCAGGACUGGGGGCUACUGGGUCUCAUAACGGUCAGGCGACGGGGAAUUCUGCUUUGCCUUCAAGUAAAACUCCAGUCUCUGCUCAGCAGUUAGCUUCUGCAAGCCGCGAAAAUCUUCAUGGUUUAGCAUGUGGUGGGGGUGGCGAAAUGCAUGUUCUUACUUUGUCAGGCAGACAACAAAAAGACCAGAGACUUAAUGAUCGAAUUGGGGACCAAAGAUCAAAUAAUACGGUUGAACAACAUCAUUUGACCAAUGGACACGAGUCACUGAACAUGCUAAAAGAACGCGGAUUUGCUCAGCCAUGUAACGGAAUGCUUCCAUUGUCGCAGUCAAAUGAUGACGAACGGAGGUUAACAGGUGGAUUGGCUUCAGUAACCACGAUAACUGAUGCGCAGCAACCGCAACGGUCUUCUCCAAAAGCUGCGGGGACAGCAAGACGUAAUCGUCGUAAGGCAGAUUUAUCUCUGGAAGCACUGUCUUAUGAUGACGAAGAUGAAAUUACCGUUCCAACAUUUGGAACAGCUCAAUCAGCGUAUCAAGCUCCGUAUAUGAGACGUGUAAGUGUUCCCGGUAGUAUUGUUGUUGGAUGUAGUGGAAGCGCUCCAGCGCAACCUCCUUUCGCAAAUAUCAGUGUACAAAGUGCUCAAAAUAAUUUUUCUGCCACAGUGGCUCGACAGCAGCAAAUGUUGAAGCAGCAGACAAAUGGUUCAUUCAAAAUUGUGCAUGUCUCCUUGCUGUGA